AUGAGGUUUGCAACAGUUGCGGGCCUGUUGCCGCUACUGCAGUAUGUUACCGGGCAGGUUGUACCGGCCAAAGACCAUAUCAACAGGGAGUAUUUCGCGGUGGAAGCAGAUGGGAGCCUGGAGGAGCUAUUGGAGGCGCAUCCGGGGUGGCAGUUCGAACAUGCAGUGCGAGGGCUGGAGCGGCACUAUGUUCUUUCACGCGUGCGAAGCGAAUUGCAGCCGCGAGCCCAGGUGCAGCACAAGGCCGGCGGAGCACGUGCAUGGCAUGAGCUGGUGCCGCACCGCCUAGCGAAGCGGAUGCCGAUCCGCGACGCGGAGUUGGGGGACCAAUUGUCGCAGCGCGCGGUACUGAAGAAAGAACUGAACAUCAAGGAUCCGCUAUUUGAUGAGCAGUGGCAUCUUUUGAACACGCGAUAUCCCAAAAAUGACAUGAAUGUCACGGGAUUAUGGCAAAAGAACAUUACGGGCCAUGGGAUAGUUGUAGCAGUUGUCGACGAUGGGCUGGACUACGAGAGCGAGGACCUGAAGGAUAAUUUUUGUGCAGAGGGAUCCUGGGACUUCAAUUCAAACACAGCGCUGCCAAAACCGAUGUUAAGCGAUGACACUCAUGGUACGCGCUGCGCAGGAGAAAUUGCCGCGGCAAAAAAUCAGUUCUGUGGACUGGGAGUAGCUUUUAAUAGCAAAGUCUCGGGGAUUCGGAUUCUGUCGGAGGAUAUUACUCCUGAGGAUGAAGCAGCUUCGCUAGUUUACGGGUUGGAUAUCAAUGACAUCUACUCCUGUUCAUGGGGUCCGACUGACAAUGGGGAAGAGCUGCAGGCUCCGAGUGAUCUUGUAAAGAAGGCUAUCAUCAGGGGUGUGACAGAAGGCAGAGACCGGAAGGGUGCCCUAUAUGUGUUUGCCAGUGGAAAUGGCGGGGCGCUUGGCGACAAUUGCAACUAUGAUGGAUAUACCAAUUCCAUUUACUCAAUUACUGUUAGUGCGCUCGACCACAGAGGUCUCCAUCCUACAUACGCGGAGAGUUGCUCGGCAGUACUAGUCGUUGCGCACUCUUCGGGGUCAGGCAAUUUUAUUCGUACAACUGAUGUUAACGGCCAGUGCUUUGACCAUCAUGGGGGGACCUCAGCUGCCGCCCCACUAGCCGCCGGCGUCUACGCUUUACUCCUUCAGGUGAACCCAAAUUUGACUUGGAGAGAUGUACAAUACCUGACUAUCUUAACUUCAAUUGAGGUGAAUCCUGAUGACAGCGACUGGCAAGAGGGCUCACUCGGCAGGCGCUACUCGCAUAAAUAUGGCUACGGAAAACUGGAUGCUUAUAAUAUCGUGGAACUCGCCAAAAGCUGGAAAAAUGUCAAUCCCCAGGCAUGGUAUUACCACCCAACUAUUAUAGCCAACCAGACCAUUGCGACACCAGACGUAUACAUUGAUUCUACUACUUCUGUAUCACGUGAUGCACUUGAUAAGGCUAACCUCAAGCGUGUAGAACACGUCACUGUCACGGUUGACAUCGAGGCUAGUAUCCGCGGGUUUACGACCGUGGACCUGAUUGCUCCUAAUAACCAUAUCUCUCAUUUAGGGGUGGUGCGGAAAAAGGACAAGUCUCACGCUGGUUUUAGAAAUUGGACAUUUAUGUCAGUUGCGCAUUGGGGCUACGCCGGAGAAGGCGACUGGAAAUUACAAGUGCGGACAACGUCAAAAAAGAAUACUGUUCAUCUUAAAGGAUGGCGCUUGAAGCUAUUUGGUGAGUCAAUUGAUGCUUCAAAGGCCGUCGCAGCCGAAUUUGGGAAUGACCAGGAGGACUUGCAGGAUACGCCUACUGGAACUUCAGAUGAGCCUGUCUCUUCCACCUCCACACCAAAUAGCACGAGCACAUCGCAGGACGAACUCAACACCGGGGCGAGCAAAAUAGUGCCCACUCAUCAUGCAAAAAAUUAUUACCUCAUGAUAUUCGUCGUAGGUGCCGUCAUCCUCGUCCUCUAUCUGUUUUUCUUCUCCAAGACACGGCGCAUACGGCGCUCCCGCGCUGAGGCAUUUGAGUUUGAUAUAAUAGAUACCGAUUCUGAAUACGACUCAACUGUUGAUAACCAUGAUCCUACUGCGCGGAUGCUGAGCGAUAAUGAUCUCAAUGAUUUUGACUUUGAUCUCUCCGAUCUAGAGGCCCCGGAAAGCCCCAGCGAUACUGGUUCAGCAACCGCGGCCCCACACUCAAAAAAUGAUCGCAGCCUCAGUACCAUAGCCGAAAAUCCGUUUGAAGCUGGUGAUGAGGGGAUUCCACAGUCUGAGCAAGGUGCAAAUCACAAGUACACGAAGUAA